GGCCAACUUUUGAUCUUUCAGGGUUGCAUGUAUCUACCAGGAAGUACGAUCAAGGAGAUCUCCAUGAACCCAGAAGAGGCGGGGAAGUUUGUCUUUGAAGUCAUUCCAGCCUCAUGGGACCAGAGUCGCACAGGACAGGACUCCUAUGUCCUCAUGGCCAGCUCUCAGGCGGAGAUGGAGGAGUGGGUUAAAUUCCUUAGGAGAGUCGCUGGCACGCCCUCUGGAGCCGUGUUUGGCCAGCGUUUGGAUGAGACUGUGGCCUAUGAACAGAAAUUUGGCCCCCACCUCGUGCCCAUCCUGGUGGAGAAGUGUGCAGAGUUCAUCCUCCAGCACGGCCUGAAUGAAGAGGGCAUCUUCCGACUGCCUGGGCAGGACAACCUGGUGAAGCAGCUCAGAGAUGCUUUUGAUGCUGGGGAGAGGCCCUCCUUUGACAGAGAGACAGACGUGCACACAGUGGCCUCCCUGUUAAAGCUCUAUCUCCGAGACCUCCCGGAGCCUGUGGUUCCCUGGAACCAGUAUGAGGGGUUCCUGCUCUGCGGGCAGCUCAUGAAUGCAGAUGAGGCAAAGGCUCAGCAGGAGUUGGUGAAGCAGCUGUCCAUCCUUCCUCGAGACAACUAUAACCUCCUGAGCUACAUAUGCAGGUUCCUACAUGAAAUCCAGCUCAACUGUGGUGUUAACAAGAUGAGCGUGGAUAACCUGGCUACCGUGAUUGGUGUGAAUCUCAUCAGGUCGAAGGUCGAAGACCCUGCUGUGAUCAUGAGAGGGACUCCUCAAAUCCAAAGAGUGAUGACCAUGAUGAUCAGAGACCAUGAAGUUCUCUUCCCCAAGUCCAAGGAUGCCCCCCUUUCACCCCCUGCUCAGAAAAAUGACCCUAAGAAACCUCCAGUAGCUCGAAGCUCUGUGGGCUGGGAUGCCACUGAAGACCCUCCAAUUUCUAGGACAGAUAGCUUCAGUAACAUGACCAGCGACUCAGACACAACCAGCCCCACUGGACAACAGCCGAGUGAUGGAUGUUUAGAAGAGAGCAGUAAAGCCCCCAGGGAAAAGCUAGGUGAUUGGAAGCUGCAGUCACGAAAAAGGACUCAGACACUCCCUAAUCGGAAAUGCUUCUUGACGUCAGUGUUUCAAGGUGCCAACAGCAGCAAAGUGGAGAUCUUUAAAAAUGAGUUCUGGUCACCUUCUUCGGAGGUAAAGGCCGAGGAAGGGCACAGGAGAACGAUGUCUCAAGGUGUGCCCCACUGUCCCGAUUCCCAGCGGACUUCCACCUACGAUAAUGUCCCUGCCCCGCCCGGGGCCCCCGGGGAGGAGGCAGCUACUGUCUCUUCCCACGCCUGUGACUCCAAGAGAGAAACUCUUGCCAGCCCUAACUCUGAAACCAGGCAUGGAAAAAAGAACUCUGGAGAAGAGGAACUUGAAUCCUUGCAGAGGGUGGUCCAGGAGCUGCGAAAGGAAAUAGAGACACAGAAGCAAACGUAUGAGGAACAGAUUAAAAACCUUGAGAAGGAAAAUUAUGAUGUCUGGGCCAAGGUGGUGAGGCUCAAUGAAGAACUGGAGAAGGAGAAGAAGAAAUUUGCAGCCUUGGAAAUCAGCCUCCGCAAUGUGGAGCGCUCCCGGGAGGAUGUUGAGAGGAGGAACAAGGCCCUGGAAGAAGAAGUCAAAGAAUUUGUCAAAUCGAUGAAAGAGCCCAAAGCUGAUGCUUGAGGGUUCCAAGCAUACCAUGAAGACAGCGCACAGAGGCCCAAUAACACAUUCCCUUUCUCGGUGCUACCUGAUGACUGAGAAGCAAAAUUACUCCCUAGGAGGGAGAAGACAUUUAGGGGGAAACAUCACGUUUCCCAGUAAAAUAGAUGGAUGGAAUUUGCAGGAAGAUGAGGGUGAGCAGGGACAUGUGGGGACAUUUAUGACCCCUGUGGCUGUAUUCAAAAGGAUUGCAUUAUUCCACCAUGGUCUCAGGCCGAGGGAAAUGGAACCUUCCAUGGCUGGGUGACUAAGUCCAAUGGAGACAUAUGAAACAGGCCACAUUCUAGGACCCUGGCAACAGGGGCUGGCCCCCACCAAGGCUGGACUGAGGCAUUAGUUCUUUUUUUUUUUUUUUUUCUUUGUGGAACAAUUCAUCUAGUCAGAUGGCCUCAUGGUGUCCUUGAGACACAGGGGCAGAAAAUGAUAUUUAGCUUUCUUGUACUCAUCUGUGGUGAGCUGUGUUUUGGGGGGGCUGCACCUGCUGACCAGAGCCCCAUUCUGUACCCCCCUUCAUGAUGCACACUCUUUAGGGGCUGGAAACUCAAAAUUAUUAUUAGACUAAGACAAAACAAGCAACAAACUUUGUAUUUAUGAAGGCAAAAUUGAUAAGAAAGGCAUAUACAAAUAAAGCAGAAAGAAAGAAAGAAAAGAAAGAGAAAGAAAGAAAGAAAGAAAGAAAGAAAGAAAGAAAGAAAGAAAGAAAGAAAAAGAAAGGCAGAGCAGUUGGUAAUCCUUACAGACACCUUGGUGAGCCUUAGUGAAAAGUGCCCUUUCCUGGCACGUGGCAUGGUGAGCAGGGCCUGCGCUGGGUUCCAGUCCCUACCUGCCUUUCCAUGGCCACAGUUGUAUACGGUGGACCUGUGACAGAGACCUUCUCACCAUGAUGGGACUUCCUUAGACGGUGGGUGAGGGGUUUAGAUAGUAAUAGUCACGAUAAUAUUUUUUUCUGUUUCACCAAAAUGCAAGUGAUUUCACUCCUGAAAGGAACCAGAAGCACUAGGGAACAGGGGGGAGGGGAGCCUUCCCAGCAGACAGCUGACUUGUCCUCCUACAUUAAGGCAGUCUAGCAGAGGGCCCUGGUGAGGCCCCACACCUUGCUAGGUGGGAGAGUGGACUCUUUCAUGGUGACUGUCAUUGUCCUCAGCAGGUGGUCUCCAAGCUCUUUUGACUAUAUACCCCAUCAGUAGAAAAAACUGAUGUAGAAAUACACCCCCCAAUAGAUUUCUUUACUUAUAAAUUAUAUACAUGUACUACUACAUUGCUAUAUCAUAUAUAUCCUAAAACACACACAGGACAGACAUUGAAUAAGGAUGAGCCCUAAACACGUAUAAAUAGAUGUUCUCCAAGGUGCCUUCCGCUCUGGAGGCCACUGGCCCGAUUUCCCAGCAGGUGUUACCUGUGCUGGGUUUACAGAGGUCGCACUGCUUCCACGCAUUUACUUGAACUCUUGAAGCCACCUGGCUUCCUCAGAGAUUUGAGAUCGAUGGUCACCGUGGUGAGAGUUGAGGCUCCCCAGCACGUGUUUCCAUCGUUUUUCCUUUUUCUCCUUUCGUUUUCUCACUUUUUCUCCUCUUCUCUUUGUUUUCGUCGCUCUGGUUAUUUCCCCCCUGCGUGUGGCCAUGACACAUUACCCACAGAGCAAAAGGUACCGACCGGAGGGUGAGUGUGGCUCAGUCCUGCUACUCAGGUCCUGUUGCAGCCACCACCAGCCACCAGACUGCUGGAGGGAGGGGGUGAGACCCAGCACAUUCUCUUAGAGACCUGCCUACAGAAGACUGGGGGGUGUGGGAGGGAGGUGAUUUGGCACAUCAUUAAGUAAAGCAAUAAAAUAUUCGAUUUCCUGGG